AUGAAUGCCACCGAACCGGAUAUAGUAGUGGCAAGAGGCCAACUGGACUCAUCGUAUAGAAGCCCAGAGUACACACUGGAGUUCACGGGUGCCGCCUACAACAAUGCCAUAGAAUUCAACCUCACCUUCGAUAACAUCAGCGCCUACAAUGUCUCCAGCGAACCAGAAGGUCUUUGGAAUGACUACAUCAAGCUUCUUCAUGACAGAGCGUUGCUCGUGUCGUUUCUGCUAUUAUUCUCCUUGACGACAGUCUUUGGAAACAUGCUAGUUAUAUUGGCCGUAGUACGCGAACGAUACUUGCACACCUCAACGAAUUACUUCGUGACUUCUCUUGCAGUGGCCGAUUGUCUCGUCGGACUUGUGGUUAUGCCUUUUUCGGCCCUAUACGAAGUUUUAGAACACACGUGGUUCUUUGGUGUCGACUGGUGUGACGUGUGGCGUUCGUUAGAUGUUUUAUUCAGUACCGCUUCCAUUUUAAACUUGUGCGUGAUCUCACUGGACCGUUACUGGGCUAUCACGGACCCGAUAACAUAUCCUAUGCGAAUGAGCGGACGCAAGGCAGCUUUUCUAAUAGCCGCCGUGUGGGUGUGUUCCGGUGCGAUAUCAUUCCCAGCGAUCGCGUGGUGGCGCGCUGUUCGCACUGAAGAAGUUCCCGAUUACAAGUGCCCGUUCACGGAAAACUUGGAGUACAUUAUAUUCUCGUCGACAAUAUCGUUUUAUUUGCCGCUUUUCGUGAUGGUGUUCACUUAUUAUAGAAUAUAUAGAGCGGCAACGAUACAAACGAGGUCACUUAAAAUCGGCACUAAACAAGUGAUGAGACCGAGUGGCGAAUUGGAGUUGACGCUUCGGAUCCACAGGGGCGGGACGAUGCGUCAGCGAAACGACGUUUGCCACGGAGUAUGCACGCCCGAAGAAGCUGAUCAAGAACCACUAACAGCACUCCAGAACAAUGGUCUAUCGCGAUCUUCUACGCGUCUAACAAACGUGACUCACGGCAAGCAUUUGCCGAAAAACUUUUCGCUGUCCCGUAAACUAGCCAAAUUCGCGAAAGAGAAGAAAGCGGCCAAGACUUUAGGUAUAGUUAUGGGUGUGUUCAUAGUGUGCUGGUUACCGUUCUUUGUGGUGAACUUGUUAUCGGGAAUUUGUUCGGCGUGCAUAGCGCACGAGGAGAUCGUUAACGUGGUCGUAACGUGGCUGGGUUGGGUGAACUCUUCCAUGAAUCCUGUUAUAUACGCCUGUUGGAGCAGAGAUUUUAGAAGGGCUUUCCUAAGAAUACUAUGCGUGUGCUGCCCAAGGAAACUAAGGAGAAAAUACCAGCCACAGUUAAGAUUCAAACAGUCACAGUUGCGUACGACUCGACGUUAUUACUCAUCGAGCGAACUGAUGGGCAUACAGCAGAUCAGGCAAAAUUCCUGCGAACAAACUUAUAUAUAG